GUCGCCGUGGAGCCGCUCGGCUACGAGCGCUACCGCUUCCUCCCCGACGGCGCGAGCGAAGAGCAUCCCGUCAGCAUCACCAUCAAGGUGACGCCGACGCUCGGCAGGCCAGAGGUGUACGUCGGCUUCGAGCCAAACCAGCACCCGCACAGGCAUCUGAACGACGGCGGCCAGGCCCUGGGCGUGGAGGGCGGCAGCGUCGAGGUGGUGGCCACCAGGCCUGGAUGGGUAUACCUGGGGACCACCAGCGCGACUCAAGCGGCUUUCUCGUUGCAGGUGCUGUGGGGCGAGGACGAGGGGAAGUCUCCGGGGUACACGCUCGACGACGGUGUGGAGCAGUCAGGCCGCCUCGAGCCCGGCGGCGCCCGCCUCUUCCUGCUGGAGCUUGGCGCGGCCGCCGCGGGCAGCG